CAUGUCUUCCUCCUAAGCUUCCGCCCCCUCUGCUCCCCGUGUCCCCCUGCCCCCUCCCCUUCCCUUCCCCCACCGGCAUUCCCCUCCCCCGCCGCAGAUCUCCUCCCCCGACCCACCAUGGACGCCCCGCCCGCCACCUCCACCUCCGCCGCGGGAUCGGCAUCGGCGCCGCAGGACGCCGCCGCCGCCGCCGCCGCCGAGGCCACGCCGCGCCGCCCGGCGGGGCACCGCCGCGCGCAGUCGGAGAUCCUCCUCGGGGCCUCCGCCCUCCCGGACGACCUCACCUUCGACGCCGACCUCGGCGUCGUCGGCGAGGGCUGCGGCGGCGGUGACGAGGAUGACGAGGACGAGUACGAGGACGAUGAGGAAGCCGGCGGCGGCGGCAGCGGGGGAAGCCGGAUGUUCGAGAUGUUCCUCCAGGCCGGGGGCAGGCUGUCCGAGCCGCUGGAGCCGUCGCCGUCGCCGUACCCGCAGCAGCCGUCGCCGCCGCCGCCCGCGCGGCCAAGGCACCAGCACAGCAUGUCGAUGGACGGCUCCACGUCCUUCGCGUCCGCCUCCUCCGGGGCGUCCGGGAGGCACGGCGCGGACGCCAAGAAGGCCAUCUCCGACGCCAAGCUCGCCGAGCUCGCCCUCGUUGACCCCAAGCGCGCCAAGAGGAUCAUGGCAAACCGCCAGUCAGCUGCUAGGUCAAAAGAAAGAAAGAUGCGGUACAUUGCCGAGCUUGAGAGGAAAGUACAAUGUCUUCAAACAGAAGCAACUACAUUAUCAGCUCAGUUGUCCCUGUUACAGAGAGAUACCAGUGGUUUAACAAAUGAAAAUGGUGAUUUGAAGCUGCAAGUGCAAACAAUGGAGCAGCAGGUCAGGCUGCAGGAUGCACUGAAUGACAGACUGAGGGACGAGGUUCAGCAGCUGAAGAUCGCAACAGGGCAGCUUAACGCCAACAAUGGGAAUCUGGGAAAUCUCGGCGGUCUGUCCUCGUACGGACUCAAUCCACAGAUGAGCUACCAGCGAAGAAGCCAGAUGCAACAAUCUCUCCUGGCUGCUCAGCAACUCCAGCAGCUCCAGAUCCACUCCCAUCAUCAGCAACAGCAGCAGCCCCAAAUGCACCUGCAGCAGCAGCAACGUGUUGGCAGUGUCCGGCAGCAGCAGCAACAGCAGCAGCUGCAGUCGCAGCUGCGUCCGGAAGCACUGCCGUUUCCGGGAGACCUCAAGAUGAAAGGAAUUGCCAUGACAGCCCAUGUGCAGAACGCGGGCCCUUUGGACGGCCACGCAAGGAGCGAGCCGUGAGAAGCGGCCCAGGUACAUGUCAGUCGCCAGUAAUAAUAGACUUGCGUUGUACUAGUGCCUGAGUCGAGUGGCUCAUGCAUAGGCUAGUGCAGUGUGUAGGUAGGUGCCUAGAUGUCUGCAGCAGUCCUCUAGAAUGUCGACCCCCAUUCAGUCGCAAGUUUGUUGCAGAACUGAUGAAAGCAGAGCGACUACUUUUUACCAGGCGGACCGAGUGUUCCAUCUGGAAUUAACCAUAAAAAGUUGGUGCCCGAAACCUUUCUUGAAUAUGGUGCAAGGACAGAGAGACUGAUACAAGCUGAAGCUGAACCAUGUCGGCUUGGCGUCUGUGCCGGUCAGAGCAAAUAAAAUGCUUGGUGGAAACAAAAUUCCUACUA